ACUUGGAUUAUACCUUUAGUCAGUGAUACCGCUAAAACUUUCACGCAUAAAUAUAGAUUGUUCAUGAGCAAGAUUUUAAAUCGUCUUUGGCGAGCAAGGAUCGAACAGCGAAGAAGCAAGAUGAAGUUGAUUGUCGUAAUUUUGUCAGCUUUAGUGGUAGCCACAAGUGCUAAAAAUGCAACAUUCUACACGGUGGAAGAGGCAAUUAAAGACCAUUACAUAGUUGUACUGAAGCCCGGUUAUGACGUAGAAGUGAUCAAGAAACUUCUUCUGACUGACCUCUCGGGACGUUUCGGCGAUGUUUCUAUCAAGCACACCUACACUGCUGCCAUCAAUGGGUUUUCAGCUAAACUGACCAACACAGCUCUUCAAAAGCUUCUGGCCCGAGAGGAGAUCAAGUACAUAACUGAAGAUGGAGAAAUUCACCCUGCGGCUGUUGCGUCGUGGGGUCUGGAUCGAAUAGAUCAACGUUCAUUGCCUCUGGAUGGAGCUUACAAGGCCAAGGGUUGUGGAUCAGGUGUUAAUGUAUAUGUCGUCGAUUCAGGAAUCUACCCAGACCAUUUGUACUAUGAAGGACGAGCCUCCCCUGCGUUUGAUGCAGUCAACGACGGUAGACCGUUUGGGAUAGACUGUCUUGGACACGGCACACACUGUGCAGGAACAAUAGGAGCGAGCAUGUACGGAGUAGCACCAAAUGUAAAUAUAUAUGGGUUGAGGGUACUUGAUUGCAGCGGCUCUGGUCAAUGGAGUUCCCUUAUAGCAGCCUGCGAUUACCUUGUGAAUUUUGGAGUGAAGCCGGCAGUUGCCUCGAUGUCCAUUGGAGGUCCUGCUAACACGGCAGCCGACGAGGCCGUUCAAAGAGUUAUUCAGUCUGGUAUAUCCGUUGUUGCAUCAGCUCGUAAUGCCAAUAGUCCUACCAGUGCCUGCUCCUCUUCACCUGCUGGUGUACAAGAGGCUAUAACCGUUGGUGCAACAGAUAUCAAUGACAGAAGGGCUGAUUACUCCAACUACGGGACGUGCGUGGAUUUAUUUGCUCCUGGUAACGAUAUAAAAAGCCUAUGGAUUGGAAAACCGGAUGACACGCGGACCCAAAGUGGUACAUCUGUGUCUACCACUCACGUUACCGGCGCUGUAGCACUACUGCUAGCUAAGAAUCCCAACCUUUCACCUGCUGAUAUUAAGGCGACCCUGAUCGACACAUCGACCAAGAAUGCUAUUAGUGAUCUACCUUCUGACACCGAAAACCGUCUGCUGUAUGUACCCCGUGAUUAAGUUUCUGAAGAUUAUAAGUUACAAUAAGUUCUCACUGAUCGGCGAUGAUUUCUAACCGUGAACGCGGAGCCCAAUAUAUAAACUUUUGCAUAAACCUUGUGUAUACAAAAAAUAUCGUCAUUCAGAGAUAUUAUAAUUUUGUUCAGAUAUGUCACCAAGGCCGUAUUAUUUUUACUUGUAAAAUGUAUUUUAUGCAAGAUUUCACUGUAUUCAAAUGUCUUCUUUAUUUUAUUUUUUUCUAUUACCAAUCAUUUCAUAACGUCCGUGUACUUUUCGUACAUUCAUUCUCGAUGGAACUCAAAAUGCAGUAUAUACUUAGAAUAGAAGGAGGGGGAAGUGUGGGGGGGGGGGGGUUGGAGCAAAUACUAGUCCACUAACCCACCCUUUCCGAGGCGGUCAACCUUGCGCAAAUGUUUGCUCCAGAUUAUUACAGAUACCCUGGCUUUUUAAUGAUGACAUAUUUUUACCCACUAUCAACGUCUCUGAUUAGAAGCGAAAGAAGAAGGAGGAAGAACAGAAUAAUAAAAAAGAAGAAACAGAAGGAGAAGAAGAUGAAAGAGAUAAAAAAGAAGAUGAAGUAGAAAAGGAGGGAUAUGAUGAUGAAGUAGAAGAAAAAAACACUUGAUCUAUGUCAUUGUUAAUAUGUUCAGUGCACUUGCCCAAACAAAAAUUAUUAACUGGUGUAGACGUGAUAUAUGGCAGGUAAUUUUCCAUCAUCCCCGAUGAAAACAAAAACAUACACAAUAUUUCUUUAACUAAAGGUUUUUUAUUUUAUAAAAGUAUAUAAAUUCUUUAUCCUAUUUUUUGUAAUAUAAUCAGAUAUAAUAUUUUAUACUGGUUAUGGACUGCGGAUAUGAAUAAUGAGGAAAAAACCCGUCUCAAGGUAAUAAUGAAACGCUUAUUGAAUACUCCUGAAUACUUGAUUUCUGGAAGGCCAUAUAAUUGCCAUACAAACAAAUUGACUCAUCACUACAGAAAGUCGCAUGCAAUGCAAGCAUGUAUGGUACGAGGCCUACAUCGACAGUUUUAAUUUUUGCUCGUCACAGUUUCAAUAUGAGAGCACUGGAAGAUCAUUUUUCUUGACAUUCUAAUCCUGGGCCCGCGUUUUAUAAAGACUUGUUUAGAUAACAAAUGCACAAUUUCUAUGAAAUAUACUAUCAGCCAAUCAAAUUUACUAAAUCUUUCUUUUCUUUUGAGACAAUAAACAUUGCAACUAAUAGAA